AGUUGCCUAGGAGACGGUAACGCCGCCAUUGAAACCGCGCAGCAUGGCAUGCCGGGAUACUUUUCUCCAUCAUGGCGGAUCAAGUAGUUGGCUAACGUGAGCGGUUAGCAUAUUCAACGAUUAUUCGGUGUCCCGCAUUGAAUGACUGUAGCUAUCUGGCGUUUUCUACACACGGACAGCAUCCACAGGACAAACACUGGUGUUGAGUGAGGGAGCAUCACGGCAGAGACGUUAGGAGAGCAUUUUACAAAAUCAGGGCCACCAGCACAAUGGACUGUGCAGUUGAAAUCCCCUCAGGUGAGGAUGAGGCACCUGAGAAAGACGAUAUGAAUGUGAAGGAAGGGAAUGAGCCACCCCCCAAGAAAAACAAGAAGCACAGAAAACACAAGAGCAAAAAGAAGAAGCGGAAGAGGAAGGGGGAAAAGGAGAGCACUUCCGAAUCUGGUGCUGAGUCUGAUGUGGAGCCACAGGCACCUGCAAAGCCUGUCAGGACCACCAGAGCCAGUGCCAGACUGGCAGCAUCUACAGGACCUGGAGACCAAGCUGGUCUGAAGGAGGAGGGAAAAAGGGAUGGCAUUACAGAUCGUGCAGAUACGGAGGGAGAUGCAAAAUCCAAAAAACACAAAAGACACGCUGCCAAGAAGAAGAAAAAGAAGAGGAAGAAAGACGAAAAGCAGGGGAAAAAAUCCCCAUCUCGCUCCCCAUCUGAAAGCAGCUCAGCUUCAGGCUCCGAGUCCGAAGGUGAAGGCGGGAAAGUGGUUGGUGACGGAAAAUACUCGCCAGCUGCAGCAUCCGAACCUCAAGAACCAGUGUCCAAACUGCUUUCCAAAAGCAAACGAGGAGAUAAAUCUGAACAGCUUGGAGUGAAGAAAGAGGAGAUAUCAGAUAACGACGUGUCUCCAUCUGCAGAGAAGUGCAGCAAUACCAAUCAAACAGAAAAGGAUAUGAGGUCUCCCUCUGCAGGCCAGGAUGAGAUAACACAGACGGCAACAGUUAAGACAGAGGGUAGUCAUGAGGGUUCAUUCAGCCACGCCCAGGAACUCCCUGACAUCAUCCCUAAACAGGAAGGUGCUACCCCAAGAGAAGACCCAGGCCUGAAAGAUCAGUCCAAUUCAGUUCAGAGGGCUCAGCUCAUGGAGCGUGAAUCAUCCAGAUGCAAGUCUCCAUCCCCUCCCAUGGGCCUAGACAUUAAGCGGUCUGGGUCAAGUCAUAGUCGUUCACCAACACCUAGUCCUAGUAGGGAGCAGUCUGGUCAAACGGCAGCAGCAACGAAAGAACGGUCAAGAACCCAUUCCAGGUCAACAUCUAAAGAAAAACGGUCUAUAACUCCUCUAAAAAGUCGGCAGCUAUCCCGCUCUCAGUCCCCUAAAUCUAAGAGGAAGUCCGUCUCCCACUCCCCAAAGCCUCUCAAGAGAGAUAACCGCCAGUCCCGGUCUACCUCUCGCUCCCUCACCCCCAAGAAGAAGGUGUCCAAGUCUCCAAGGAAGUCCAAGUCUCCUAAACGCCGGAGGAGUUCAUUGUCUGUUUCUCCAAAGAGACGCAGAAGUUCCCACUCUCCUAAAAGAAAGUUGUCCCGAUCCCCUAAACGCGGUGGUCGCAGGUCUCCCUCUCUCUCUCGGUCUCCAAGGAGAAGUCGAAGGCACUCCAGGGCCCGCUCACCUAGGCGAGGUGGUGCGGUUGGGAGGCGUUCAAGGUCACGUUCUGUUACAAAAAACCGCCGCUCCAGCUCUAGAUCAAGACGUCCUGUUCGUCGCUCCAGGACACCGGUAAGACGCGCGGGAGGUAGGCGCUCCAGGAGUCGUUCCUUGUCCCGGCGUAAGAGGUCACCACCGCCCAGAUCCCGCCGCUCACGCUCCCGGUCGGCCCGCAGGAGCAAGCGGACUCGGUCACGUUCCGUCGUUGUCCUUAAGCGCAACCGGCACUCCAGAUCCAAGACUCCUCGCAAACGAACCAAAUCCAGAACCCCUCCCUCUCGACGGCGCACCCGUUCCCCCGCCAGGAGAAACCGUUCUCCACCAAGGUCUGGCAAACGCUCCAAAUCUCGCUCGUUGUCCCGAAGGAAUCGGUCAAAGUCAAACUCCCCCCUACCUGUCAAGAAGAAGUCCACAUCUCCUAGGAGGAGUGGACGAAGGUCAAAGUCUAAAUCCGUUUCGCCAGGCUUGAACAGAUCUAGAUCCAGGUCGGAGUCAAGCGAUGGCCGGUCUGACAAUUCUUCCCCAGCCAGAUCAACAUCAUCCUCUCCUGUUAAAGAGAUUAAACCUUCCUCCCCUGAGCCUGAGCCUGAGGCAGAGGCAGAGACCGAGACAGCAGGAGAAACUGCAGGAUUUCCAGCUGCAGCAGGUGCUUGGAAGCCGAUGCCCGCAGCAGCAGCCACCAGCCCCCAAGCUGGGAGCUCCUCAGAUACAUUGCCAGCGCAGCCUGAGGUGCUUUCUCCCAACCACGACAAGGAACAGAAGGAGGCCGUCGGCUCAUCCAACGAACGAGAUGUUUCCAGGUCCAGGUCUGCUUCCAGAGAGCCCGUCGCUGGCCCAGAUCGGUCAGAUCUUUCAGAAGGAUCAGAUGAAGAAGAGGAUUCUUCCUCUCCAGUUAAGCAGCUGUCCAAGUCGCGCUCACCGACGGAUCGGAAGAAACCGUCCCGCUCCCCUUCUCCACCACGACGAUCAACAUCCAAGUCUACAUCCCGAAGGAAGCCAUCAAGGUCUAAGUCCCCUCCGAGGAAAAGAGAAUCGGUCUCUCCACUGGAAAGGAAGAAACGACGGUCUAAAUCUCGGAGUCCUGCCCGGCGGAGGAGGUCGCGCUCCCCCGCAAGGCGCAAGAGAUCGCACUCCAAGUCACGGACCAGAAUCCGGCGAUCCAAGUCCCGCUCUCCAACCAGAAAGAGACGAUCCCGCUCACCCAAUGUCCGCGCGAGAAGGAGGUCCAAGUCGACAGACAGGAGCAAGCGAUCCAAGAGCCGCUCCACUGGCCGCAGAAAAAGAUCAGUAGACAGAAGCCGGCGAUCAAGGUCUCGGUCGAGGAGGCGCCCGGUGUUCCGCAGUCGUUCGUUCGAUAGGCGGGACAGGUGGAAAAGAGAACCCAGCCACUCUCCGGUUCUCAUCCUCCGCAAACAGCGCCGCUCUGGGUCCCGGCCCCGACGGAGCACCAGCAAGACUCCUCCACGCCUCACUGAGCUGGAUAAGGACCAGUUACUGGAGAUAGCCAAAGCUAAUGCUGCUGCGAUGUGUGCUAAGGCGGGGGUACCCAUUCCUGAGAGUCUUCGACCGAAAGCCAUCCUCCAGCUCCCUCUACCCACUCCAUCGCCUACCCCUCUCUCCUUACCACUGCCUUUACCUCUCCCAAUGGGCAUGGGGAUGCCCAAUAUGGGUCAGAUGGGUCAGAUGAGUCAGAUGGGGUUAUCCAAUAUGGGAAUGCCCAACAUGUCAAAUAUCACGAUGAGUGCCGCUAUGGCCAGUAUGACAGCAGCUACUAUGACAGCUGCCUUGACCAACAUGGGAGCCCUGGCAGCCAUGCCUCCCCUCGCCCCGCUUCCUACCAUCACUAACAAGCCUCCGCCGUGUCUCGCUCCCCCAACGCCAACCCUCAACCUGGACCACAUCGAGGAGGCAAAGAGGAAGGUUACUCAGCAAGCUAACAUACACACCAUAAAGGAGCUUACUGAGAAGUGCAAGAUGAUUGCAAAUAGCAAGGAAGAGAUGGCCAUUGCUAAACCCCAUGUCUCAGAUGAUGAAAGCUAAAAUCCAUUAGCUCUCAAGAGCCAAUCCCCUCAAAGGACUGAAGGAAAGCGUAACGAAUGCUUUAGGGUAGGGCCUACCUACCCACAGUUCCCUUUGGCAACCAGAUAACCAGACUGAGCCUCAUAAACCAUCGCCACCAAGAAGAAAAAGAGCAUCCAAGUUGUCACAAUCAGGCGUACGGGCACGAGCCACUGCCCCACCCAGCUCCCCGGUUUGUUUCUGUUGGUGUGAGAGAGAGAGAAACAGACUGUCAACUGUGAUACCACUGAGUAAACUGUGCACACACUGACAUGUGUGCACAGUUGUGUGACUGUAUAGUGAGUGCGAGUCUGUGUGUGUGUAAAUAUAGUGACUUUCACCACCUCAAUGUUGCUGCUCAUUUAAGCGGUCACUGACUAAAGAGGACACAAACCAAACUUACUAGUGGCGCAAGUGUUUUUGUAAAAGAUUAGUUUCUCGAAAUUUGUUUUACUUUAUGCUUUCUAAAAUAAUUGUGUUAAGUGGAGACUGCUUCCUUGUUCUUCUGUAUUCCCCUUGGUUAUCUCUAGUCCCUGGUUUUAUAAACGAAUAAUGCAGACAAAGGUUUUGGUAGAUGCUCACAUGUGAUUUGUUUUCAAAAGCCUGGGUGUCCAGGGCGUGAGACCACAUGUGAAUCCUGGAACAGGGUAUCAGAGCUGAUUAUUUUCGAAGGAAUGGUAUAUUGGCUGCAAAAAGAAAUUAGCUAUGACGAAACAAAACGUAACUAAUUCAGUUAGCACUGCCCUGGGUGUCAAUUUUUGUUCCCUCUAUUUUAAACCUAGCCAGCCUAAUCUUUGACUCUAUCCAUGUCUUUAAUUUGGGCUUUGUUGGGAUUUUUUUUUACCAACUUGGAAACAUGUUUGCUCGAGAUCUAAAUGGACAUUUCAUCUGCCACUCUUUUAACACCAACAUCUUGACAUGCAAUGUUGUGUUAUUUGCAAAACACUGUAAUACAUCAUAUGUUUUAAGAUGCAGAAAAAGCAAACCAUUGGUGUUUGUUGGGAAUUGCUACGAUAGCAUUUUAAAACUAGAAAAACAUUUAAAAGGUAUUUUUCUGUCAUUUGUCACCGGGGUUUGAUUUUGAAAGCAAUGCUGGUUGAUGGCCAUUUUCAGCCACCAAGCUUUAGCUGAAUAAGAAAACAGAUGGGUAAAAAUGUAAUUUUCUUUAAACUUUACACUGUAAAUGGUAAUUACUAUUCAUUUAGAAGAUCUUUUUUAAUUCAGUGUGACAGUAUACAUACAUGAUAAACAAUUGUUUUGUUUUUUUUGUUGGUUUUUUUUAAAUACGCUUUAGAUGUUCUUUAGAUGUUUCUUUUUGUUGCUGUUUACUUAAUUAAAACACAAUUUCUAUCGUUGACUUUAGAGAGGCACACAGAGUACAUAAUUCAUGUUCUUGUGCUUGGGGGUGACAAAGUACUUCUACUGGUUAAAGAGUUGGAUGUACGAAGUUGAGUUUGUAGGUUUUGUGUAUUCGACAAUCAGGUCCUUGUCUCAAGAUACUUUUAUUGAAGAAAGAACUAAAACGGCAUUAAAUGUACACAUCUUGCAGCAUUGUAUUCAGGUGGCAAAUAGGAGAGAAAUAUUUAGAUAACUGCAAACAUUGUGGAAAAACCCAACAAGCCCUUUUCCUUUAUUCCAUUGACUCAUUUAAUAUCUGCUUCGCUUGUUAAUGUUUCUCUGGCCCCUAGUAGGUCUUCUGUGUGAGCUGUCUCUGGGUAAACGGGGUCCAUGUUUCAUUGAAUGCUUUUGUCCCAUUGGAUAACUGAUGAACAAAAAUGUACUUGGUGCUUUUUGGAAAACUAGCAGGGGUGAGGUUUUUAAGGAAUCUUGCACUCAUAGCUCAUUGAUUUUCUUUGGAGAGAGAAAUAGUUCUGGAUCCAUCCCACACCCGGGGCUGUGGAAGAUAACCUGUCACGGUUUUGUCAAACUGUAACUAUACUGACUGUAAACUGAAAGCGUAGUGGAACUGUUGAAUUGAUUCCCUGAGGUAAUCUUUAGCUGUUUUAAUGACAAAAAGAAGAAAAUGCAUUUUAGGAUUCUUUUUUUCGGGGGGUCAUUUGAAUAUGACAUUGCCUGCUUUGUACAUAAAUGUGUCUGAUUAUUAAAAACCUCAAU